UCCUCCUCUUCAUGAUAUAUCUAUCUCUCCUAGGAUUAUUUCUUCUCUGUGGCCCUUCAUCAUUUCUUUAUUAAAAGACAAUAUUGGACCAAAUCCUGUGUAGAAUCUUUCUCCCUCUUCCUCUUUUCUUUCUUGGAAAAGUUGUGAUCCAAUCUUGACUCUCACCCUUUUUGUUAAGCAGUAAUUGUUUUCAUCAUAAAUGCUUUUUCUUUGAAACUGAACCAAAAACGUUUCACUUUGGAACUUUAUUAUCCUUUUUUUCCCUCUUUUGUUUCAAUUUUUGGUUGGUAUUUUUUGAAUUUUAGGCAGUUUGGUCAUCUGGGUAAUUAUUUUUCCCAUUGAAUUUCCCCUUGAGAGAUACCGACUCUGUGUUUUGGUUGGUCUGUAUCUGUUUUUCAAGUUAAGAUUUAUUAAUUUCCCAGCAGAGAGAGACACAAUUAAUCAAGUUAUUGAGGUAGUUGAAUUCUGGUUUUGCAUUCACGGGAAAAUAAGGUUUGUCACAAGAAAGGUGCUUAAGGAAAGUUGAGAUUCUCAACUGCUUCAGUGACUGCUGAGCCUUUCUUAAUUGUUUCUUGGCUCAGAAGAAUCUCAAAGCUCUGUCUUGGUUUUUGGAUUCGGAGCAGAGAGAGAUACAUAGAGUUUCCUUGGCUCUGUUUUCACCAUGAAUCAUUCUGGAGCAGCCUCUGAUCAGAAAGCAGCAGCAGUUGAAGUGUCAAAAGAUAGAAAUGGAAUUGAUCAAAUUGUGCUGAGUAAUCCUCGAGGAGCUUCAGCUCGGGUUAGCUUCUAUGGAGGACAAGUUCUCUCAUGGACGACUGAUCAGGGAGAAGAACUGCUAUUCACUAGUAGUAAGGCAAUUUUCAAGCCACCAAACCCAGUCCGAGGAGGAAUUCCCAUUUGCUUUCCCCAGUUUGGAAAUCGGGGAGCGUUGGAGCAACAUGGGUUUGCUAGGAAGAAAAUUUGGUUGAUUGAUGAGAAUCCACCCCCAUUGCCUCACAAUGAUUCCAAUGGUAAAGCCUAUGUUGACUUGAUACUCAGGCCAUCUGAAGAAGAUCUAAAGAUCUGGCCACACAGUUUCGAGUUUCGUCUCAGGGUGUCUUUGUCAGCAGAUGGAAAUCUAACCUUGCUAUCCCGCAUCAGGAAUAUUAACAGCAAGCCAUUUAGUUUCUCCAUUGCUUAUCACACAUAUUUCGCGAUCUCAGACAUUAGUGAAGUAAGGGUUGAAGGGCUGGAAACUCUUGACUAUCUUGACAACCUGUGCCAAAGAGAACGCUUCACAGAACAAGGAGAUACCUUGACAUUUGAAUCCGAGGUGGACAGAGUUUAUCUCAGUUCUUCAGAUGUUGCUGUUUUUGAUCACGAAAGAAAGCGCACAUUCUUAAUAAGAAAAGAAGGACUUCCAGAUGUUGUGGUGUGGAAUCCAUGGGAGAAGAAAUCAAAGUCCAUGGUAGAUUUCGGAGAUGAAGAGUAUAAGCAGAUGCUGUGUAUUGAUGGGGCAGAAAUAGAGAAGCCAAUAACACUGAAGCCAGGAGAGGAAUGGACAGGUAGAUUAGAACUCUCUACUGUCUCUUCCAGUUGAUGAACACCGCAUUAAAUUUCUCUUGAUUUGACAUGAAUAUUCAAAGGAGGCAUGGAUCACUAAAUAACCCCAAAGAAGCAUUGCUUUGUGGUGGCUACUGCUACAGUUUAAUCUUUAUUUUUAGGGCAAAUAUAAAAUUAAAAAUAAUAAUAAUAAUCACCUUCUCAUGUGAUGAGGGAGGUUGAUUAGCAGUGUAUUUGUUUAGUGAAGAGGAAAUUUUAGUUUAAGGUUUUGUGUUGUAGUUGCAGGCAAGAGAUGUUGAAAAAAAUUAUUUACCGACAAUAAGUGUAUAUAACUACAUGCAUAUUUGGAUUUAUGGUUAAUAAAUUUGCCCUCUACUGAUGUAUAACUUAUCUAGUAA